GAGGCUUUGUUCGGCACCGCAGUGUUCGUCAUAACUAGACCAGCUCACCUGAAGGAAUGUUCACCCUCACAGAAGUAGCCGCCCUGAACGACAUCCAGCCAACUUAUCGAAUCCUGAAACCAUGGUGGGAUGUCUUCAUGGAUUAUCUCGGUAUCGUCAUGCUGAUGUUGGCCAUAUUUUCAGGAACCAUGCAGUUAACCAAAGACCAAGUGGUCUGUCUUCCCAUCAUGGAACAAACUCCAGAGGUGGCUGGGGGCUUCUUGGGCCCCCAACCACCAGAGACAGCUGAUGGUUUCUGGAACAAAGAAAGUGCCAUUGGGGAGCAAGCUGCUCCCCUAAUGGCUAAAAGGCCUCCUGAUACCACUGCACCUACAAUUCCCUCGGCACAGCCAUCUACUUCUGGGCAACCCCAACCUACAGGUGUCAGAACCAAGCUGGAUUUUCAGCAGUAUGUUUUCGUGAACCAGAUGUGCUACCAUGUUGCCCUUCCGUGGUAUUCCAAAUAUUUCCCCUACCUCGCUCUAAUUCACACUAUUGUUUUAAUGGUCAGCAGCAACUUCUGGUUCAAGUACCCAAAGACAAGCUCCAAAAUAGAACAUUUUGUGUCCAUCCUUGGAAAAUGUUUUGAAUCACCAUGGACUACCAAAGCCCUGUCCGAGACCGCUUGUGAGGACUCGGAGGAGAACAAGCAAAGACUGGCUGAUGCGUCCUGCCUCCUUAAACAUAUGUCCACAAGCAGCGAGGAGGGGAGUCCAAACCAGUCUGCCCCAGUGCUGACUAAAUCUGGGGUCACGUUCUCGGCUGAAAAGCUUGUGAGUGAAGUUCCCUCCAUGACCAUACUGGACAAGAAAGAUGGGGAGCAAGCAAAGGCCUUGUUUGAAAAAGUUCGGAAAUUCCGUGCCCAUGUGGAAGACAGUGACUUGAUUUACAGGCUGUAUGCCAUUCAGACAGUCAUCAAAACAGUCAAAUUCAUUUUAAUCCUUUGCUACACAAUGACAUUUGUUGCCUCUAUAGAUUUUGACCAUGUGUGUGAGCCUGAGAUAAAGCAUUUGACUGGAUACACUAAAUUCCAUUGUACACAUAACAUGGCUUUCAUGUUGAAGAAGCUACUUGUCAGCUAUAUUGCUCUCAUAUGUGUUUAUGGCGUUAUUUGCAUAUACACAUUGUUCUGGCUUUUUCGUCGGCCACUAAAAGAGUAUUCCUUUGAAAAAGUCAGAGAGGAGAGCAGCUUCAGUGACAUUCCUGAUGUUAAAAAUGACUUUGCUUUCCUCCUCCACAUGGUCGAUCAGUAUGACCAGCUGUACUCAAAGCGUUUUGGAGUUUUUCUCUCAGAAGUGAGUGAAAACAAACUUCGAGAGAUCAGCCUGAACCACGAGUGGACCUAUGAGAAGUUGCGACAGCAUGUAACACGCAAUGCUCAAGAUAAACUGGAACUUCAUCUUUUUAUGCUUUCUGGAGUUCCGGACGCUGUGUUCGAUCACACCGAUUUGGAAAUCCUUAAACUAGAAUUAAUCCCAGAGGCCAGGAUAACUGCUAAGAUCUCACAAAUGGUUAACCUCCAGGAGUUGCAAUUCUAUCACUGUCCAGCCAAAGUUGAGCAGACUGCUUUCAUUUUUCUUCGCGAUCACCUACGGUGCCUUCAUGUCAAAUUCACAGAUGUCGCUGAGAUUCCUAGCUGGGUAUACUUAUUAAAAAGCUUAAGGGAACUAUACCUUAUUGGUAACCUGAACUCUGAAAACAAUAAAAUGAUUGGACUCGAGUCUCUCCGAGACCUCAGGCACCUAAAGAUUCUGCAUCUCAAAAGCAACCUCACAAAGGUUCCCACAAACAUAACCGAUCUGUCCCCACAUCUGAUCAAGUUGGUCAUUCAUAAUGACGGUACAAAGCUUUUAGUCCUGAAUAGUUUGAAGAAAAUGAUGAAUCUUGCAGAGUUGGAGCUUCAUAAUUGUGAGCUGGAGCGAAUCCCCCAUGCUAUCUUCAGUUUGAACAACCUUCAGGAGCUUGAUCUCAAAUCCAACAAUAUUCGUACCAUCGAGGAGGUCAUCAGCUUUCAGCACCUGAAGAGACUUACGUGCCUCAAACUUUGGCACAAUAAGAUCAUCAACAUUCCCCUGUCAAUCAGCCACGUCAAAAACCUCGAGUCACUCUAUCUCUCGCACAACAAGCUUGAGUCUCUACCCUCUUCAUUAUUCACCCUCCUGAAGUUGAGGUACCUUGACGUUAGCCAUAACUCCAUAGUGGUGAUACCGCUGGAGGUUGGCUUUCUGCAGAACCUCCAACAUUUUGCCAUUAACAACAACAGAGUCGAGGUCGUCCCAAAGCAACUGUUCAAGUGUAACAAGCUGAGGACCUUAUGUAUCAGCCACAACUGCAUAUCGUCCAUUCCUGAGAAAAUUGGCCAACUCUCACAGCUGGCACAUCUGGAAAUGAAGGGAAACUGCCUGGAUCGUCUGCCCGUCCAGCUCGGCCAGUGCUGCCUCCUCCGCAGGAGCUGCCUGAUGCUGGAGGAUCACCUCUUCGACUCUCUCCCCAUGGAGGUCAAAGAGAGCAUCAAUCAGGACUCCAGUGUUUCUUUUACAAAUGGGUGCAAGUGUCUAAGUGAUGGGCGGUAGUUACAUUCUACAUGGGAUUUUAUGUUGGAGCAUUUCAUCUUAGUCUUUUAGGUCAUGCAUUGAGAAGCAGUAGUUCAAGGUACAAUGUUGAAGGCAAUACUUGCUCUGCAAAUGCUUCAUGACGUUUUAGGAGCAUACACAUGAACACACCGCAGCACAUACGAAGUCAAUACCACUGGAGAUAUUUUAGAUACACAGUAGACAUUAUCACAACUUGUGUCACGUCUUUGUCUUUAUU